AUGACAGUCUCUUUCCCCGACUCACUCUUCUGUCUGGCUUGCAGCACUGUGACCUGUGACAGUUGCCUGUGGGUGCUCACGCAUAUGAUGACAAUGUGCCGACCAAUCGCGGUCUAUCCUGUCUCUCUUUUUCGUCUCUGCUUUAUUAGCAAAAAUCUCGAGGGACCUAUACAGCUAGACACCGCCUCUCUAAAGCCCAUGCGUCACUGUAGCAACAACUACGUGGCUAAAGGAGCAACCCAUUUCUCCCCUCUUCCGUUCGGUGUGGUCCAUCUUUCUCCUGCGAGUGCUGUCCACACAUCAUGUCCAGCAUCUCAGAGAUCUUACUUGCACUGGGGCCACCCUGCCAUCGGCGUUUCCCAGAUCCUUUUCCUUCUCGGUAGGGGGCACCAGCCUGUUAACUUCCUUUAUCCCCAGUUUACGGUUUCCCUCUGCCAUACACCACUGAGCCUUAUGCCUGAACUCGCCACAAGUCAUGCAGUCUGGCCCCAAAGACCUUGGGUUGCCUCCAUAGUUUGUCGGACAGUUACGGGCCCAAUGCCCACCAUACUUGCAAGUGCAGCGCACCAUCUCAUAUCAGCCAGGUGUGGGCUUGUGAAACCCAUAACGCAGAUCCCAGGCUCUCCUAUUUGGAACUGCCUCAGCCUUCCAGUCCUCUUCCACCUCUUCUUUUGGAUCCCGUAUCUGGAUCCACUCCCAGUCCUUCUUUUUUAUCACUACUUUGCCCUCCCCCCGAUUGUUCCUACCCACCCCUCUUAUUCUAUCCAAGAGUCGUCCCACCUCCAAGCUGCCUCUAUCAUCCCUCAGCCCCUGUCACUCAGCGCGUCCACAUACACAUUGGCCAACAAGGCCUAA